AUGAUGAUCUAUGAUAAUGGAAAAAAUAAAUUUAACGAACGGCUCUUGAAUGAAUUCGAAAAUCUUAAGGGUUAUGGGACAAUUCGCGAUGUAUUGUCACAUCGCUUAAAAAACAAAUACAAGGAAGGAAAAAUAAACAUAAAUAAAUAUCUAUAUAAAUUAAUUGAAUCGAAAUAUGUAAAUAAAAUUUUUUGUGAAUUAUUUCUUAACAAAAAAUGCGCAAAAAAAUUUGAAAAUAAUAGUAACAUAUUUUCUCCAUAUUGGGUAAAAAAAAUUGUUCAAAUCAAAAAGGAAACCAAUGAACAAAAAGAAGUAGAAAUAAAUAUAGAAAAUGAAAAACCAAAUAAUCCAGUUUUACUCUACCACGAUAUCAAAACAGAUACGACAUACUUUUAUACUAGCGAAGGAAAUAAUUUUUAUAUUUUUUUCAAAAUUAAUCAUUAUAUAAAUAAGGAGCUAUUUUAUACCAAUACAAAUAAGUAUAUACCAUCUAUUUUCAUAUAUUUUUAUGAUAUUAAUAAAAUAGAGAAGAAUGCAUUUCCCAUUCAAUUUUAUAAUCAAGCCCAAAUUGGGUCUUCUGUGAAUUACCAACUACUUUUAACCAAAUAUUAUGAAACAUACAAUCAUUAUAAAAAAGAAAUUAAUAUUUUUUUUAAAAAUUCUAAUAUUUUAAUUAAAAAAAAUAAAAAAGAAAUACCAAUAAAUAAUACAAGUGUGGAAGAGGAAAAACAGAAAAAUCAAAAUUACAUAAAAAAAAAUAUUAAUGAACAACCAACUAAAAUAUGUACAGACAGGCUUUUUAUAAAAGAUCAAAAAAAAAAAAAAAAUAUGUACACACAAUCUCAAUCAAUGACAAAAAAAAUUGUUGAUAAUUAUGUUUUACUAACAAAUUAUGAAAAUCAUAAUGAAAUGGCAUAUUUUGAUUUUAUCAACAUAUUUGAAAAUACUUUCUAUAAAUAUAAUAUAAUUCAUUCUAAUUUUGAACAUAGUUUAGAGAAACUAAAUUUUUUUGAUAGAAAGUGGAAUGAUAAAACUUAUGAUGAAAAAAUAGACAUUUAUGUUAACUUCAAAGGGAAAUAUAAAAGCGAUGGAAGUAAUAAAUUGAGUGAUACAAAUAAUUUUUAUGAUAAUUUAAAAAAUUAUAAAAUACAGUUACACAAAUGUCAAAGGAUUAACUCUUUUUUUAAGGAAAUAAAUAACAUUGCGGAAAAGGACAAUACCACGAAAUCAGGAUUUCACAUUUUAAUGAAAGAAAACAAAAUAUUUAAUUGGUGGCAUAGGUCAUAUUUUAUAUUUAUUUUGACGAAAAAUAAAAACAAUUUCAAAAAAAAAGAAACCAAUCAUUUCAAUCAAAUAAGUGCAAUAAAAAAUUUUAAGAAAAUUAUUCAUUUAUUGAAAAAAAACAAAAAUGAAAUAAUAAAUAAUCCCAUAUAUAUAUAUAUUACCAAAUCUAAAGGUGGUAACGAAUUUUAUAUAACAUAUAAUAAUGUUAAUAAAUGCUUUUCUAUUUUUAUGUCACCAUUUUUAAUACAUUUUAAUAAAGAUAAAUGGUCACUUUUAAAUUUUAAUGAAUAUAAUUCACAGGAUCAAAGAAAAGAAAAUUUACCUCACCUGUUAAACAUUUUAGUUGAGCUAUUUCUUUAUAUUCGUAUGAUAUAUUUUAAAAAACAAAUUAUAAGAAAACUUAAAGUAUACCUUUUGGAAAAGACUUUAAAGGGUUAUGCGCGAUGUAAAAUGACUAGUGUGAAAAAUAAAAGUUUCAAUUAUAAAAAGGAUAGUAGCAAUUUAAAUCGAAAAAACAACAUAACCUAUAAGUACACAUUUUAUUCAGUGGUAGACAAUUUUUUUUUAGUACAAGGUGAAAAUUAUUUAGGGAAUAAUAAAUUAUUCAAAAAGAUUAAAAAAGUUUUAUUAAAAUGCACCAAUUUCAAUAAAUAUGUUUUCUUUGAAUUUUCAAAAACAAAGAUGGAACAUAUUUGUACUUGUAUUCACGAUUUGGUGUCUUGGGGUAAUAAAUUUGACCAUGAAAUAUUUAAAAAUGGAAGGAAAGAACAUGUAUAUAUACAUUUUGUGCAAAAAAAAACUAUUUUUUCCCCGAAUUGUAUUAAUCAGAGUUGUGAUAAAAGUAAUAUAAUUAGUAAAAGCGAAAAUAACUUCCAUAAAAUAUGUUCAUUCAAAAUAACAUCAUAUAAGGAUAAAAUAUUACAAAUAAGUAAAAACAUAUGUCUGCAUUUAUUUCACCUUUUUAAAUCAUUAGAAAAAUCACUAAAUUCGGAUACAAUAUAUAUACUAAAACAUGCACAAUUUAUUCUAUUGCGCUUUCCAUAUAUAUGUUAUACCAUAUGUUAUGGUAAAAGGAAAGUUCAAAAUUUAAAAAGGGUAUUAUGUAGAACAUAUGUACGCUGUAAAAGUAUGUGUUUUUUCAAAAAUUAUUUGAAAACUACACAUAAACAUAUCUUACAUUUAAUAAAAAAAAAAAAAAAAAAAGUAUUAUGGAAUAUCUUUCUGAACAAGAAAAACAUUUUUUUGUUUUGGUACUUAUUAAAAAUCCAAAAGUUAUUAUUAUAUUUUUAUUUAUGUAUGAUCACAAAUUAUUGUGCAAAAAAAAAUUCACAUUGUUGCUGUUAUUGUUCAGUUAAGCAGAAAAAAGGCAUAUUACCCAUAAGAGAAAAAAAACAAAAAAAGAAAGAACCAAAACACGUUUCACAUCCAUAUAACAUGCUACAUAAAACCUUUACCAAUUUAAUUAAAGAAAUUAAAAGCGAAAAACAAAAAAAAAAAAUAUUUUUACAUUUUAGAAAAAAUCCAAGUGUUACCUGUUUAUGUAAGGUAAAAAGCAGUACAUUUUAUGAAUGUUUAGAAAAAUCUAGCUAUUUUGAUUGUUACAAGAAAGCUAAAAAAAAUAAAAAAAAAAAAACAGCUUUUACACUAAAAAGUGUGCAUAUGAAUGAGUACUUUUUUAAAAAUAAAAAAAAUGUGCAAAUUAUACAAAAUGGUAAUAAUAACCAAGAGAAAGGAAUAGUUAAGGACGCCAACCAAAUACAAAACAACAUACUACAUUGUGAAUAUUCCAUAGAAGAAAAAAGAUGUUUAAAACAAGAAAAUUAUUAUAACUUUUUCAAGUUGAAGAAUAUGAAAAAAUUAAUCAUAAAAUAUGGAAAUUGCUUAACUACAAAAGCCAAUGAAGAAUUUAAUAUAUCGAAAAAAAAGAAAAAGCACAUUUUUUUAAACGCAAAUAAAGUAAAACACGAAUUAAUAAAAAUAGCACACCUUUUCCAAUGCGAAGCAAAAGAUGUUAUUAAUUUUGUUGAUAUAAUAUCCAAACAGACGAAUCAAACAACACUUAAAAUUUCUACUGAGAAAAAUAUCAAUGAUGAUAAAAAUAAAGACAAAGAAAAAAUGAAAGAUGAUCUACAAGAAAUUAAUCAAACAUGUAUCCAAACAGUUGCUAUUUCACUGUCUAAAAAUAUCCAAGCUAAUAAAAAUUUUGCUGUUUUUAAUAUAUUACCAAUAAUUUUAAAAGAAAAAAAAUCAUAUAUAAACAAAAAUGAAAAAAUAAAUUAUAAAAUAAUAAGAGAAUUUUUUUAUUCAUCAGAAUAUUCACUUAAUAAAAUAUACAAUAAUAGCAAUGUACAUAAGUAUCAUAUUAAAUUAAAUUAUUUAGCUUUUUUUAUAAAUGGACAUAUGACAUAUUCUGUUGAUGUUUUUUGCAAUCACUAUGAAAAGUUAAAUAUAUCAAAUGAUAAAAUAUAUUUUUUAAACAUAAAUAAAAAUUAUUUAAUUAAGAAUUUAUUCAUUGAAACGACUUUAUAUUUUAUAGAAUAUGUUUUUUCACACAUAGCUGAAAUUGCUACAUUUGUUAAAAGUAACAAAUACAAUAAGAACAAGAAAAAUAAAAACACAUUUAAUAUAUAUAAAAUAUUAUGUUAUGAAGUGAACGAAAAUGAAUAUAAGCUAAAAAAAAAAAUUAAAAUAAAAAAAAACGGAAAAUUUUUUCUUAAAAUAUUUAUAUUUCCAAAGAAAAACAUCCUCUUUUUAUAUUCUUACGAGAAUAAAAUCAGUAAAAAAAUUGGUAGAAUAUGUAACCCAAUUAUAGUUAAAUUCUUCAAACAAGAUAAAUACUAUGAUACAUUUUUAGAAGGCUCAUAUAUUAGGAGUAUAUGA